AUGCCUGCUUUCAACAUCAGUGAUGACAGUCUCCCAGGCACACUCAUCCUGACGGGCAUCCCAGGGCUGGAGUGGGCCCACGUCUGGAUCGCCAUCCCCUUCUGCGCCAUGUAUCUUGUAGCGCUGGCUGGGAAUGCUGCCCUCAUCCUGGUCAUUGUGACAGACAGUGCUCUUCAUGCACCCAUGUACCUCUUCCUGUGCCUUCUUUCGCUCACCGACCUGGCUCUCAGCUCCACCACGGUACCCAAGAUAUUAGCCAUUUUGUGGCUUCAUGCUGGAGAGAUUUCCUUUGGUGGAUGCCUGGCCCAGAUGUUUUGUGUCCAUUCUAUCUAUGCUCUGGAGUCCUCAGUUCUCUUGGCCAUGGCUUUUGAUCGCUAUGUGGCCAUCUGCUACCCACGGAGGUACACCAUCAUUCUUAGCCAUGGUGUCAUCGGCAAAAUAGGGCGUGUUGUAGUGCUCAGGAGUUUUGCAACUGUUUGCCCCAUUAUCUUCCUAGUGAGGUGCCUGCCCUUCUUCCAGACAAACAUCAUUGCCCACACGUUCUGUGAACACAUGGGGCUGGCUAAGUUGGCUUAUGCUGAUAUCACCGACAACAUUUGGUAUGGAAUCUCUGUGCCAUUACUCAGUGUAAUGCUAGAUAUGGUGACAAUAGUCAUCUCCUAUAGGCUCAUCCUCCAGGCGGUCUUCAGGCUGCCAUCCCAUGAUGUGCAGAUGAAAACACUCAGCACUUGUGGUUCCCAUGUCUAUGUCAUCCUCAUGUUCUACCUUCCCGGGAUUUUCACUGUCAUCACUCAGCACUUUGGCCGAAAAAUCCCUAAGCGUGCCCACAUCCUGUUGGCUGAUCUCUAUGUUCUCGUUCCCCCCGUGAUGAACCCAAUUAUCUAUGGAGUAAAGACCAAACAGAUUCGUGAAAGAGUGGCCCUUGUGUUUUCUUCAAAAAGGAAGUGUUGCUAA